GCUGCAUGCAUUCAGCAGCUUCUUCACUUCAGCAGCUCAUGUAGCCCGAAAUAUUGUUAUCAAUGCUGAUUUACUAAACAAAUUCACAUUACCAUGACGUUUGACAUAAAACUAGAGGCCGAAGACUUGGAAAUAUGUCGUGGCUGCCUCAGCUCAGACAGGAGCCUGUCGCCUGUGGCUACCAAGGAUUUAAGUCCUCUUCUUACGGAAGACCAGGCACUGGACUUGGAUCGCCUGGCGAGUGUAACUUUGUGUUGGGAGUGCCUGGCUCUGCUGCGCAGAACCUAUAAGUUCCAGCGACAAGUACAGAGGGCUCACAUGAUCCAGCAGGACUCUUUACAACUUUUGCCACCAAAACCUUCUUUGUCUUCUCUUUCUGUCCAUCAAAAUGUUAAAUAUGAUGUUGUUCUUGAAGAAACCGCACCUACUGUUCUAUAUAGUUUUUACGAAUCACCAGAAUAUAAUAAAGUAAUUAUACCCACAAAAUACAAAAAUAUACAGAAAGAUAGUAGUAUUCAAAAAGGCAAUAUUAAAAUUGAGCAUCCUAAUGAUUUUAGUGAUGCUGAGGAUAUGUCUCCAAAACAAGAUGAUGGAAAUAUUAGUUCAAAAGAAGGAAUUACAGAAACUAAACCCGUUACUCUAAAAAGUUUACAAAUAGAAAAGACACCUAAAUCAUCAAAAGAAACUUCUGCAUUGCUGAAAGUGGAAAAAGAGUUAAAAAAGAAGAUUACAAAACAAAAAAUGCCGAUAAAAAGAAAUAACUCAAUUGAGAAAUGUUCUGUUCAAAUUAAAAUUAAUAAUGCAAAUAACAUUGAUAAUACUGUAGAUGUUGAGAAAGAUAAUAAUGAUAACAAUCAAGUUGCCAAAGCUAUUGUUGCUUCUAAAAGAAAAAAUAAAGUAGAGAAAGUGAAAGAUCCAAAUUUGGAAACAGAGGAUUUUAAAGAAAAAGGUAAUUUAGACAGUAAUAAAGCAAAAAUUACACAGAAUGAAAUACCAUUCAAGGAUAGGAAAAGAUCGAAAAAAACAAAGAAACUGAAGUAUAAGAAAAUAUUUACAAAGUAUAAAAAGGUAGAAGAUGUCUUGCAAUAUUUUGAAGAAAUCGAAAUGAGCCAGGACGAUUUGAAGAUGGCUUUAGAAAAGGAUGAUGCGAUUGUUGACAAGAAGUAUCCAGUUAAAUGUAGUAUUUGUGGCAUGAUGUUGAUGUACGCGAGGAGUUUGGACGCUCAUGCCUACAGGUAUCAUAGAAAAAAUCGUCCCGAUUUAAUAGUGAACAAACGGUUCGUGUACCCGCCGCUGCAGUUGCCGGAGAAGUCUGUCUGGCGGUGCCGCGCCUGCGCGCGCGCGAUGCGCCGGGAGCACGUGCUGGCGCACAUGAACUGGCGCCACACCCUGCGCUACUACUGCGUGGAUGAAGGGUGCGAGUUGCACCAGAAGGAACACAACUAUUUUUGGGAGAGGGAAGACUGCGUGCGGCACUUCGACGCCGUCCACAAACAGUGCGCGUGCGCCCUCUGCGGCCGGCGGUACAGGAAGAAGAGCUCGCUGGAGAUCCAUAUCAUGGAGUCGCACCGGCCGCCGCAGCCGCAGGGGCCGGCGGCGGCGUCGCUGCGGUGCCGGGAGUGCGGCGCGUCGUUCCGCCGCCGCGCCGCGCUCCGCCGCCAUCGGCGCCGCCACCGGCCCGAGCGGCGCUACUGCGUCGAGUGCGACGCCACCUUCAAGAACGACCUCACCUUCCGCAACCACUGCUCCACCUUCCACUCCGGCGAGCCGAGACCGCUGUAUCCGUGCGGCGUGUGCGGCAAGGUGAUGAAGACGAAGCGCUCGCUGACGCUGCACGUCAACUACUUCCACGUCGGCGUCACCAGCUACCGCUGCCACAUUUGUGGGAAGUACCUGAUCGAUCGCUACUGCCUGAAGCUGCACGUGGACAAACACAACAAUAUAGUUAGAGCGAAGAAACCUAACAAGCUUGUGCCGUGCACAGUGUGCGGGAGAAACUUCCAGCAUAAGGGCAGCCUCCGCGUGCACAUGAACACUCACACGGGCGAGAGACCGUACGCGUGCCCGCAGCCGCAGUGCGCGGCCGCCUUCACGCAGCCGUUCGUGCUGCGCGUGCACCUGGCCCGCGCGCACGCCGUGCACGCAUCCGUGCGCGCCAGCGGCGACAUCGUGCCCGUCCACACUGAUGUAACUACAGUAUAG